AUGAAGAGGAAGAGCUCUACUGUUAUCCCGUUUGAUCUUUCGAAGCUACUGAACAAAGACGGAUCAUUAUUUCGCGUGCUUUUAUCUGCUACUCUUCAAUUUGACCCACAAGAUAUACCAGACUUGGCUAACGACAUCUCUGACAAACUUUUCACAAAGUUUCAAGAUUCUCAAGCUUUACUCCCCGCGCCACGACCGACUUACGUAAUCGCCAUUCGCAUUUCCCAGACUCGAUUUGCCAAUUUUGAUGCUAAUGUUGAUCUUGAUGCUUUUCCCAAGUUAAGAACAUUGCCUCCCCCUAUCCCGUUUUAUCGUCGGUUUGAAAUACAAAAGGUUUUCACCGAACCCAAUGUGAGCGCAGCUGAUUACAUGAAUGAUCCGAAUGAUACAUACACUGAUAAUGUCGUCGAGUAUCUCAACAUGUUAAGGGAAUAUACGGGUGAAGGUGGAGUUUUUCCAACUAAACCACCCAUUGCAACCGAUAUCGCCAGAGGAUUUGUCGAAGUCAAGCCAUGUCAAAGUUCUUGGUGUGCAAGUCCAGCUAUUAGGCUCGAAGAUCUGAUGGAUGACACUUGCCCUGUUUGUCAAGAUGAGUUUAGAAAUGAGAAUGAAGUGAUUGCAACUUAUUGUGCGCACGCUUUUCAUACAAGGUGUCUCCUGCCAUGGCUAUCCAAGAAGAACAGUUGCCCAACUUGUCGAGCUGUCUAUCCUUUGCAUUAUUCGCCCUCUUUGGACCGUCAAUGUCGAAAGCGCAAUCAUAACAUGUUGGAGGCUGAAGGUUGA